AUGGACGCACCGGGUCGUCAGUCGUUUUCCACACAUCCUUACGCAUUUUGUCAUUUGCAUAACUGUUUUUUGUUUGCAUACGAAGAACCACAAAAACGCGCAUUUGUACAAUUACGCACAGUACAAAUCGUGGUCGUUCUCCGACUUUCUGCCCUGAAUUCGCUCGCGAUUACAUCGUUUGGAUUUUUCGGGGGAGAGGAGAGAAGUGUCUGGGAUGCCCGUAGGUGCGGCAUCCAUUUUGUCCUUGAAUUGCAUUAA